UCUGAGUUUUAGAGAAGCAGGUCGCUUCCGGGAGCGGCCGGGUUGCUCGGCGCCUUCCUCUCUAUCCGCGCGUGUCUGUGGUCGCAGGGGCCCAGCCCCUCGUCGCCGCCCGGCGGUGCUCGGACUCUGCCCUGACCCCAGCCGGGCAGCCGGGCCUGGCGUCUGUCAGAUCGCGGGCCAUGGUGGUCCCGGCGCCCGCGGCCAGGGCUGGCGCUAGGCCCAGGUUAGACCUGCAAUUUCUCCAGCGGUUCCUGCAGAUACAGAAGGUUUUGUUUCCAUCUUGGUCAUCACAGAAUGCCUUGAUGUUCUUAACCCUUUUGUCUGUGGCCCUACUAGAACAACUGGUGAUCUACCAGGUUGGCUUGAUCCCCAGUCAGUACUACGGGGUCCUGGGAAACAAAGACUUGAAUGGUUUUAAGACCCUGACAUUCCUGGCUGUCGUGCUUAUCGUUGUCAAUUCCAUGCUGAAGAGCUUUGACCAGUUCACCUGCAACCUGCUGUAUGUGAGCUGGAGGAAGGACCUCACCGAGCAUCUCCACUGCCUCUACUUCCGGGGCCGCGUGUACUACACCCUCAACGUGCUGCGGGAUGACAUCGAUAACCCGGACCAGCGGAUCAGCCAGGAUGUGGAGAGGUUCUGCCGGCAGUUCAGCACCAUGGCCAGCAAACUGAUCAUCUCCCCGUUCACCCUCACCUACUACACCUAUCAGUGCUUCCAAAGCACAGGCUGGCUCGGGCCUGUGAGCAUCUUCGGAUAUUUCAUCCUGGGAACCAUGGUAAACAAAAUGUUGAUGGGGCCCAUUGUGGCGAAGCUGGUGCAGCAGGAGAAGCUGGAAGGAGAUUUCAGGUUCAAGCACAUGCAGAUCCGGGUGAAUGCUGAGCCUGCUGCUUUUUUCAGAGCUGGGCACGUGGAGCACAUGAGGACAGACCGCAGGCUGCAGAGACUCCUUCAGACCCAGAGGGAGCUGAUGUCCAAGGAGCUCUGGCUGUACAUUGGCGUCAACACGUUUGACUAUCUGGGCAGCAUUCUGAGUUACGUUGUGAUCGCAAUCCCCAUUUUCAGUGGCAUCUAUGGAGACCUGAGCCCCACAGAGCUCAGCACCCUGGUCAGCAAGAAUGCCUUUGUGUGCAUUUACCUCAUCAGCUGCUUCACCACGCUCAUUGACCUGUCCACCACGCUCUCGGAUGUGGCUGGCUACACGCACAGGAUUGGGGAGCUUCAGGAGACCUUGCUGGACAUGUACCUGAAGUCACAGGAUGGUGAGAUCCUGGACGAGAGUGAGUGGGACUUGGACAGGGCCCCGGGAUGGCCAGCUGCAGAGCCAACAGACACAGCUUUUCUCCUCAAGCGGGUCUCCAUCUCUGCCCCCGCCUCUGACAAACCCUUAGUCAAGGAUCUGAGCCUGAGGAUCUCUGAGGGGCAGAGCCUGCUCAUCACGGGCAACACGGGCACUGGCAAGACCUCCUUGCUCCGGGUUCUGGGUGGCCUCUGGGCGAACACCGAGGGCUCAGUGCAGAUGCUGACAGACUUUGGACCCCACGGGGUGCUAUUCCUGCCACAAAAGCCGUUCUUCACUGAUGGGACCCUUCGGGAGCAGGUGAUCUAUCCCCUCAAGGAGAUCUACCCGGACUCAGAAGGAUGGACUUCUGGAAGAAAGCUUCUCUGUUUGGCAGGUGCUACUGAUGAUGAGAGGAUUAUGAGGUUCUUAGAGCUGGCAGGCCUGUCCAGCUUGGUGGCAAGGACAGAGGGUCUGGACCAGCAGGUCGAUUGGAACUGGUAUGAUGUUCUGUCCCCAGGAGAGAUGCAGAGGCUUUCCUUUGCCCGGCUCUUCUACCUGCAGCCGAAGUAUGCAGUGCUUGAUGAAGCCACCAGCGCCCUGACUGAGGAGGUGGAGAGCGAGCUCUACCGCAUCGGCCAGCAACUGGGCAUGACGUUCAUCAGUGUGGGGCACCGGCGCAGCCUUGAGAAGUUUCACUCCUUGGUUCUGAAACUCUCUGGAGAAGGAAGAUGGGAACUGACCCGAAUCAAAGGGGAAUGAAGCCAAGGUGACUGACCGCCAGGAGGAGAGCCAAGCUCGGGCCGGUCAGCAGUCCCCAGAGCUGAGCAGGAGGACUGAUGGGGCUUGGCACCAGCCCCAGACUGCCUCCCAGGGCCUGCCGCUGAGUCGCCCUCCCUGGGGCGCUCAGGACGCCUCCUGCUGCCUCAGCCUGAGCUCCCUACACUUGAAGUGCUAAUUACUUACAAAGUACCUCAGACUGUGUUUCCUAAAGAAAAAUCUGAAAGUGGGUCUUAUGAAGGGUCAAAGAGGGUCAGAAGAACAAGAAAUCUUUAAGAUCAGUUAUAUUUUGCAACAUUAGAUUUUUAACUUUAAUCUACUAUUUAAUUUUCUAACUUUUUAAAAAAGAUAAACAUUAAGAAAAAUAUUCUUAGCUUUCCCCCCUUUCUCUUUCUUCUCCAUUAUAAGAUCUUUUUAAUUCAAUCUUCAGACUCCUAUUUGAGAGCCUGGGGGGGAUGCCUCUGUGCUGGAAUCUCUGCUCGUGGUUUUCACUUCACUCCAGGCCUCUCCCCUUUCCGUUUGCCGGCUGUACCUGAGCCACUCACCUCUAGGGCCCUUCUUUUUCUCUUGUUUUAACCCAGAUGAACAUGAAGUAGUCCUGCAGUUUCAGUUACCCUCAGUUACCCGCAGUGAGCAGAUCCUCCUGAUGUAGGUCAGAAGGUCAGCAGCAGCCUAAGGCGGCUGUGCCUGCAUCACUCACCACACUUCACCCCACCACGGAGGCCUUUUUUCAUCUCAGCAUCACAAGAGAAGGGGGUGUACAGAAUAAUAAGAUAUUUUGAGAGAGAGAGACACCACAUUCACAUAAUUAUUAUUUUGUUAUAAUUGUUCUAUUUUCAGUUAUUGUCAUUAAUCUCCUACUGUGCCUAAUAUAUAAACUAAACUUUAUCAUAGUGUGUAUGUAUAUACAGAAAAAACAUGGUAUAUAUCAGGUUCAGUACUCUGUGGUGGGGGUCUUGGAACAUAUCCCCAACAGAUAAAGAGGGACUAAGUGUAAAUCCCUUUCCCCUCAAUUAAAGUAAGGUUGAGAUUUCUCAAAAGUGAUCUAUGUUAGGGAACAACAACAGGUUGAACAGACAAAACUCAGAAAGCACAAAAGCAUGAGACAAAGUUACUGAGCCCAAAGUCCUUUUUCUAGAACAGUGUUCCCCAAAGUUCAGUUGUCAGGGUUGCUGCUUCUUCCCCUCCAGGCUCUAAAACAUGAGUCUGGAGAUUCAAUUAAAAAGUUACCAAGUCCAA